AAGGCACCUCUUUUUAACGUGAGGGGGAGAGACACGCCGUGUGAGGGGUGGGAAGGAGUGGACCUACCCACCACCAUCGUCACCAUCACCAUCACUCCUCCUUUCCAUUCUCAUUGAUUUAUAUUUUUUUUUUGUUCGUUAUGCGUUAUGUAUUUUCCUAUGUUUUUAUUGUUUGAUUGUAAAUCUUCCCAACAUAGGCCACGAUCCUUUCAUUUCCACCCCAACCUUAACUUUCCUUCUUUGCCCUUUCUCUCUCUCAAACCCUGUACAGGUAGACGGCGAUCUCGCGGGACGGCGGUGAUUUCCUGGAUUCAGAGCUGGGUUUAGCACUAUUGGGCAAGUACUGUUACCGUUUCUGUUGAACUUGGUGCGUUUCUUGUUUUUUUUUUUCACUAGUUCAAUUACUGUUGGUUUCGAGCUGGGUUUGUCAGUUUGUGAUCUGAAGAGCUUGAAGCUGGGAAUUAGGGAUUUGGGUGCUUGAAUUAUUACUGUUGGGUUUGAAUUUCUGGUUUUGGGGUUUAUUUGGUAUGUGGGUUGUUCUUAAUUGGAACCAUGGAUGCGUCGGAGUGCUGUUUCUUGACUUUUGGGGGCGAACUGAGGCUGAUUAAGUGAAGUAUUUAGGUUUUUGUUUGGGGGUUUUGAGCUGCGAUUUGUGACAAGGUUUCACUUUCUGUAAUCUGUGCUGUUUUUGCUGCCGUUGCCUGAUUUGGGAUCUAUUGAGCUUGCGGAUUUGAUUAAUGGAGGCGAGAAUUGGGGGUGAAGCUCAUCAUUUCUUUGGCAUGGGAACUCAAGAUUUGAGGAGGUUGGGGAAGAGGAAUCUGGAAUGGGACCUGAAUGACUGGAAGUGGGAUGGUGAUCUUUUUAUUGCUAGCCAAUUGAAUCCAGCGCCUGAUGAUAACCUGAGCCGGCAAUUUUUUCCCCUGGGGGCAGGGAUUCCUGAGGGUGGGAAUUCGUCAAACAGUUCGUCAUCAUGCUCGGAUGAGGUGAGUCCUGGUACGGAGAAGGAAAAGAGAGAAUUGGAGAAACGAAGGAGGGUUAUUGUGGUUGAAGAUGACAAAUUGAAUGACGAGGCAGGUGGACUUACAUUGAAACUUGGUGGACAUGGAAAUGGGUACCCAGUUACUGAAAAGGAGUUGGGGACUUGGGAGGGCACGAGUGGGAAGAAGACCAAGUUUGUUGGAGUUACUUCAAAUCGCGCUGUUUGUCAGGUAGAGGAUUGUGGGGCUGACCUGAGUAAUGCCAAGGAUUAUCACAGACGGCAUAAAGUUUGUGAGAUGCACUCCAAAGCCAGUAGAGCACUUGUUGGAAAUGUUAUGCAGCGGUUUUGUCAGCAAUGCAGUAGGUUUCAUGCUCUUCAAGAGUUUGAUGAGGGGAAGCGAAGUUGUCGUAGGCGUUUAGCUGGCCACAACAAAAGGAGGAGGAAAACACAUCCUGAUGCCGCUGUUAAUAGUGGAAGUUCCCUGAAUGAUGAGCAGGCCAGCAGUUAUCUAUUGAUAAGUUUACUAAGAAUACUUACCAACAUGCAUUCCAAUAAAUCAGAGCAGACAAAGGAUCAGGAUCUGCUAUCUCAUCUUCUAAGCAGCCUUGCUAGCAAUGCUGGUGUGCAUGGGGGCAGAAAUAUAUCUGGACUGUUGCAGGAAUCUGCAGAUAUUCAGAAUAUUGGGGCUUCGGUUGAGAACCCAGGAAUCAUGUCCGCUUUGCUUGCUAAUGGUUCUCAAGGAGCUCAAAGACCUAAAAAGCAGCAAGUCACAGUACCUGCUUCUCAGAUGCCACAGAAAGGGGUUUGUGCAGCUUAUUCUAUGGGUGGAGAUAUACAAACCAUGUCAUCUUCAAAAGCUGGUACACUAUUCCCAAAUAAUGGCAGCGUUCCAGCCCGCUCAGAAGUCAGAGAUGCUACAGUGGAUAGGAUAAAGUUGAAUAAUUUUGAUUUGAAUGACAUAUAUAUUGACUCAGAUGACUGUGGGGAAGAUAUAGAAAGAUCAACGGUUGCUGUAGACCUUGGAGGUCAGUCUAUUGAGUGCCCGUUAUGGGUACGACAAGACUCUAAUCAGUCUAGUCCACCUCAGACAAGCGGGCAUUCUGAUUCAGCAUCUGCUCAAUCACCUUCUAGUUCCAGUGGUGAUGCUCAGAGUCGCACAGAUCGGAUUGUUUUCAAAUUAUUUGGGAAGGAACCAAAUGAUUUUCCUCUUGUUCUGCGAGCACAGAUUCUUGACUGGUUGUCGCACAGUCCUACAGACAUCGAAAGCUACAUUAGACCUGGUUGUAUUAUUCUAACAAUUUAUCUUCGUUUGGCCGAGUCUGCAUGGGAAGAGCUCUGCUGUGAUUUAAGCACCAGUUUAAGUAGGCUUCUGGGUGUUUCCGAUGACACUUUUUGGAGUACUGGAUGGGUAUAUACAAGGGUGCAGCAUCAAAUAGCAUUUAUAUACAAUGGUCAGGUGGUCGUAGACAUGCCAUUGCCUCUCAAAAGUAAUAAUUAUGCUAAAAUUUUAAGUGUCAAGCCUAUUGCAAUACCUGUGUCUGAGGAAGCUCAAUUUUCAGUUAAAGGCUUUAAUUUGUUUCGGCCUGCAAUGAGGUUACUCUGUGCACUAGAGGGGAAGUAUCUGGUCCAGGAAGCUACUCAUGAGUUAAUUGAGGGUGGUGAUAUGCUGAAGGAGGAUGAUGACCUCCAGUGCCUCAAUUUCUCCUGCUCCAUCCCAAUGGUGACUGGAAGAGGAUUCAUUGAGGUUGAAGACCAUGGUCUUGGCAGCAGCUUCUUUCCUUUUAUAGUUGCAGAGAAAGAUGUUUGUUCAGAAAUUUGUAUGCUUGAAAAUGCAGUGGAUUUUAGUGAGGUUAAUGAAGAUAUUUAUGGAAGAACUGGGAAAGUAGAAGCCAAGAAUCAAGCCAUAAACUUUAUCCAUGAAAUGGGCUGGCUUCUCCACAGAAGUCACUUGAAGUCAAAAUUGGGCCACUUGGAUCCUAGUUCAGAUGCCUUUUCUUUUAGACGGUUUAAGUGGCUUAUGGAGUUCUCCAUGGAACACGAUUGGUGUGCUGUUGUGAAGAAGCUCUUGGACAUUCUGCUUGAUGGAACUGUGGGUUUGGGAGAGCACACUUCCUUGAAGCUUGCACUCUCAGAGUUGGGUCUCCUUCACAAAGCUGUGCGGAGAAAUUGCAGGCAUCUGGUGGAGCUUUUGCUGAAAUAUGCCCCUGAGAAAGUUGCAGUUGAAUUAGAAUUUGAGCUCAAGCCUUCAGUUGAUGAAGGGCACGGUGAUCGAUUCUUGUUUAGACCCAAUGUUGUAGGCCCUGCAGGUUUAACACCUCUGCACAUUGCAGCUGGUAGAGAUGGUUCUGAGGGUGUUCUCGAUGCAUUAACUGAUGAUCCUGGGAUGGUGGGAAUCGAAGCAUGGAAGACUGCUCGGGACACCACCGGUUUCACACCCGAAGACUAUGCUCGUUUACGAGGACACUACUCCUAUAUCCAUCUGAUCCAGAGAAAGAUCAACAAGAGACCAGUAGCUGGGCAAGUGGUGCUCGACAUACCCAGUGUUCCUGUCGAUCUAAACACCAACCAAAAGGCAAAUGAUGCCCUAACCACCAGCACCCUCAGCUUUGAAAUUGCAAGAAUGGAAUCAAGAUCCCAGAGGCAGUGCAAGCUAUGUGAUCAGAAGUUGGCUUAUGGAAAUGCUAGAUCUUCUCUAGUGUACAGGCCAGCAAUGCUUUCUAUGGUGGCCAUUGCCGCAGUCUGCGUCUGCGUGGCUCUUCUCUUCAAAACCUCCCCCUACGUGUGUAACGGAGGAGACAGUCCGUUCAGGUGGGAGUUGUUGGACUAUGGAUCUAGCUGAUCUGAGAUUCACUAACUCAACCUUGGAUCCGAUAAAAACCCAGUAGGUGUAUGUAUUUGUACCUGUUUUAUAGACUGUAAAGUUUAGAUUUCGUGUAGAGCUGGUGCCUUGGACACCUUUCAAAUUCAUGCAAAAUUUGAAGAACACUGACCUAUUUAUUUAUGUAUCGGAGAAGUAAGAUGUGCCAUUUUGGCUGAUGUUUGCCAAA